CCAUCAUCCGCUUUCUUUCUUUAGAUAGAAGAGUCGAGAAACCGCCCCCGGUUAGAGAUCGUGCUUUGCUUGCCCUUGCCCCCGUCCUCCCCCGCGUCUCCUCAUCAUCCUCCCCGCCGCCGCCGCCACCACCGCCACCACCGCCGCCACCACCGCCACCACCGCCGCCGACUUCUCCAUCAAUAUCCUGCCCCGUCCCCCACCCCCCCCACGACACACGCACCAACAGAUCAGCCGUCGAAACUUCAGUCAUGACUCCGCCCUCGCCUUCCCUUUUCCUCCUGGAUCCCUUCGUGGGCACGUAUCUCCCCGGCGGCGAAACAGCCGACAACAAGAAGACUUUGCUGUCCUCUGGAGCCAAGAGGGCGUUCGGGUUCCCUGCGGACCUCGAUUGCGAUGCGCUCAUGCGGGGCCUGGCGCUAGAAGCAGACCUUGCUGGUGCGCCAGAUCUGUCCCGCCUGACCCUCCGAGGCGUCCGCCCGUUCUCCACUUGUAUCCAUGCCGUCGACAAGAACCUGAUUAUCAUGACAACUUCCUUUCCUAAAGUUUACCCCGGGGGUAUCUAUCUCAUCUACAACGCAAUUGACAGAUCGCUCCUCAUGAUCCCGUCUGCGCCCAGCACACCCCCUUCCGUCCUUACGUCCCGUGUUCUUGUUGCGCGCCGCCGGGACGACGACAUCAGCUCCUACGCCCUGGUCUUUCCCGGGACCGUCCACGGCAUAGGCUGUCCUGGACGGCAGCCUGUUCUCUUCGUGUCGGGGUCCUCAUCCAAGUCUCAGUGGGAGAUUGCGAAGUUCACUAAUUUCCCCGACCAUCUGCUCGCUGAGAAAAGCGACUUCCUUGCUGAAGAUGUGUUUUUCCACCGUGGCCGUGGUUACUGGGUGGAUCUCUUGCUUGGUGGCAUGUACUGUGACUGCGUUGAUCUUCUCUCCGGCCAGCGUUCCGUGGACGUCCGCUCCCUAGGCCUGCCUGUGGGGUGCGAGAGUUACCUCGGCUGCAGAGACUACAUACCAGAGGCGAGGGCCUUUCGAGCCGUGGGCUGUGUUGGGGACUCCAUCAAGUUUGUCUCCAUCACUGGCUUCCUUGAGCGUGUGGAUCUUGUGGAUGACCGCAUGGUGAGGGUCUGGAAACUCAAGGAAGAUAUGAGUUGGGAUUUAGACUACGAGCUCAAGUUUCGGAGCCUGCGCGAAGAUGGGGCUUUCAAAGGGAACCACCUGCCGACCUCCAUGGCACCCAUGUACCCCUUCCUCAGCAUGCAGGAAGACCGUGUCAUCUACUUUGCACUGGGUGAGUACAUGUACCAGGACCCGCAGUUCUGCUUUCCAUCCACGCCGAGCUUCUGGGUCCGUGUUGAUAUGAGUAUCAAGACUUUUAACUGCACGCCUAUCUCUCUCACGGACGCCAGCAUUGGUUGUCUUCUUGCUAUGUCCGGCAAUGCUGAGGGCGAUCUUGCUUGGACUUCCCAGCCAAGCCAACUUCUGAAGCCAUGUCCUGUUAGUUAGGUGAUUUUACAACAAUACAUCCAGUUCUUUUAAGUUUUAAAUCGGUUUGUUUGGCAUGGAGGGGCGAUAUGGAAGCACCAGACCAAGUAUCAGGAAUCAUGAAGUUUGAUUAUCUUUCUAUUUUGCCUAUUUAUAUCAACAAGAUGUUUCUCUGGCUCAAGUCAGUCCCCGAGUGAGAUACUAUUGUGUUUGACUGCAACCUGCCCAUGAGAUUACUGUUGAGAUCCUUAUUCUCGUGCUUGCGUUACUAUGUACUACUCCAUUCACUUUUGUAAGACCGUUUAAACAUUUAUAAGACAACACCCAAA